GAGAGAGGCAAAGAGAGAGCUGGAUUUGAGAGAACGGUUGAUUUUUCUAAAUACAACAUUUUCAGCCUAUAUUCACAUAAGAAGUACUGUAAAUCUCCAGCAAUUAAGUUCAGACAGAAGAAAGUAAUAAACAUACACUUGACUUACCUUGAGAGACAGAGAAGACAUGAACAGAGUUAACAUGAAUGGUGUGCUCAUCUUCAUGCUCGCCAUCAUUGCUGUGGAGGGACACAAAUCAGGGUCUGUAUCCUUCUGGAGAAAAACUGUUACUAUGACAUGUCCUGAGGGUGGAUUAAGGAAUAAGGAUGGCUCCUCAAUUACAUUAUAUCAUGAUGUGGGUGAUAAAAAUAAAACAAUCAUAAAGGACUAUGUGGAAAACGAUAAUAGACAUUAUUACUGUGAUACAAAAUUAAGUCCUCCAAAUGGAAGUUAUCACAUUUACAUCAAAGGAAAAGUGUGUGAGAACUGCUUUGAGCUGGAUGCGACUCUGGUUGUCAAGGUCAUGGUUGGGGACCUGCUGGUGACAGGAGGGGUCAUCCUCAUUGUCUAUCUCUGGGCUCAGAAGAAGUCUGGACCUGCUGCACCCCAAAAACCGACUUCCCGCUCAGCAGGCCGUGGCCCACCAGUGGUGCCGAGUCCUGACUAUGAGUCCCUUAGCGCGGCAACCCGCAGCACAGAUAUCUACGCUACCCACAGGACUGGAUAGACUGUCCUCUCACCAGACCACACCUGUUCUCUAGGACCACUCUGAUGCCCCAGACCAGCAGACCUCAGCUCACCCUGCCAUCAAAGAGGAGGGGAGAAGGCUCUGUAGUGCUUAGCUUAGACUUAAAGAGCUUCUUAUUUUUGCUUGAUGUGUAAAAAGUGUGAUAUUAUGAUUUAGUUAAAACUGUAGUUUAGAAUUACUGUAACUAGUGAUAAUAGUGAUCAAUGUAGUGUUGCUCUGGAAAAUAGAGAUAUAAAGAUAGGAAGAUCUUUGUAAAUACUUUAAGAUGUUUGCUGUACUGAAAACAACUUGUACAUAGCUGUGAUCUACUGUUGUCCUUUGGGUGGUGGACCAUUCUUGAUACACGGGAAACUGUUGAGCGUGAAAAACCCAGCAGCGUUGCAGUU